AUGGUUUUACUUUUUAAUAAUCCGGCAUUAUCGUUGCCACAUAGAAAUCAUAGAGCAAGAGAUAAAAACGAUAGAAACGACAACUUCACCACCACAAAUUAUAGUAUAUUCCCAUAUCCUCAUCAAACAAAUCCAAAUGACGGCAUCCCGGAAUAA